CGGUCCCUCCGCCCCUGGGUCCCGUCGCCACACGCCGCUGAAACUCUGGACCAGGCGCGCUUUCCUCCCCGUCGUCCCUCGCCGUGACCAGAGUCGGGCACACACCAUGUCGGUCGCGGUCAGCAACAGGUUCCAAGGAGGAAAGGCGUUUGGCUUGCUCAAAGCCCGGCAGGAGAGGAGGCUGGCGGAGAUCAACCGGGAGUUCCUCUGUGACCAGAAGUACAGCGAUGAAGAGAACCUGCCUGAAAAGCUCGCGGCCUUCAAAGAGAAAUAUAUGGAGUUUGACCUGAACAAUGAAGGCGAGAUUGAUCUAAUGUCUUUAAAGAGGAUGAUGGAGAAGCUGGGGGUCCCCAAGACCCAUCUGGAGAUGAAGAAGAUGAUCUCGGAGGUGACAGGCGGUGUCAGUGAUACCAUCUCCUACCGCGACUUCGUGAACAUGAUGCUGGGCAAGCGGUCGGCUGUCCUCAAACUGGUCAUGAUGUUUGAAGGAAAAGCCAAUGAGAGCAGCCCCAAGCCAGCUGGCCCCCCUCCCGAGAGAGACAUUGCCAGCCUGCCCUGAGGACCGGCCUGGACCCUCCAGGCCACCGUCUGCCCUUGGCUCUCUGCUUUCUCCACUCCUUGUCAUCUGUCUUCUGUGUUUUGUCCUAAUGGACUCAUUUCUUCUUCAUUUCCGUUUCUUUAUGGACGCACAUGUUACCUGCCUUAACGAGGCUGGGGAACCCUAAGCCUCAGGGCCCCUGCUCUCUGCUUCCUGCUGCCCUGCCCUCCCUACACAGAAGGGCUGACAUCAAAACUGGAGAGGGUGUGGAGGCUGCACACCUGAGUUCCCAUGUUUGAAGAGGGUCUUGCCCAUCAAUUCAUCUUUCUAGGUUUCUCGAGACAGUGUUUGUGUGACAGUCCUGGCUGUCUUGGAACUUACUCUGCAGACCAGGAUGGCCUUAAACACACAGAGAUCCACCUGUCUCUGCCUCCCAAUUGCCGGGAUUAAAGGCAUGCGCCACCACCGCCCAGCCUCUUUCUAGGUUUCUAAGCUAAAUUCAGGCCGCAGGUUUGACCCUGUUGCCCCUCCCCUCUCCCCACUCUCAAACAGUCCUGAGCAGGCACAAAGCUCCAGGGUGUUCCUGGGUGCCUCACAGACGCAGCUGAUUCCCCUUGGUUCUUGCCACUCUCGGUCCUCAGUGACGUGACACAAGGUGGGGAAUGGAAGAAUUGGAGUCCUUCAAAGAAACCAGAAGGAACUUCUGACUUUACUUCUUGUGACCACACCUUUACAGACAGCUCAGAGGGACAGUGCAGUUCUGCUGUCCCUUGUUGGGCAGGAAAGGGUCUCAGAGGCAGAGGUGAAGAUAGUGGCUUUGGGGAGCCCCACUUCUAGGGAGGAUGCUGAGGGUGCCAGGGCAGAAGAGGAGUCAGAUGAUCAUGAUGGACCAUAAACAGAGAAACAAGCUGACUGUAAGAUGCCCUGAAUCCGGCUAUUUCCGCUCCUUCCUCCACUCACCGAGUCCUUCCUCCACUCACCGAGUCCUCCCUCCACUCACCGAGUCCUCCCUCCACUCACCGAGUCCUCCCUCCACUCACCGAGUGAGUCCUCCCUCCACUCACCCAGUCCUCAGCAGUUCUUUGCUCAGUGCCUAUUCCAAGCUUUAAGUCCUACUCUGUCUUGAUGUGUGCUAUGUCCACCUCCUAGCGCCCUUCUCCAGGCACUCAAGACCUGGAGCCUGGGGAUGAGACCGAGGUCACCUGCAGAUUUUAGCCAGGUCAUACCUCUCAUUUCACUAUGUGCCCUACAGGGGUUAAGGACCUUGCUGGAAGGUCAGGGGGUUAAUCUAGAGAGAGCAUGGACUGGCACCCAGGUGGUCAGGUGCAUUGGUCAAAGGGAAGGGUGACUUAUCUCCCAGCCUGAUACUUGAGGAAGGUGUCACCCUCCAGACUGGCUGUGGGUUCAGAUAAGGGCCAAGCCUGCCUUGGCAGUCUGUCUUCCCUUCACCUUCUUGACUGAUCCUCAGAGACCAUUUCCAAGAAUUACUGCAGUGAGUAUCAAACUUGACCCAUCUUACCCGAGUGGGGACCUCAGCCUGACCCUGCCCGUGUUCUGGAACCUGUUGCCCUGGCCACUCAGGACAAGACACAGUCAUUCAGCAAACAAAUUUAUCAAGCAUUCACUAUAUGCGCUGAGUCCAGAACCCAACAGUGAAAUGGGCUGACACAUGAAACGUGGGUCUCCUGGGGAAUCACACCCAGCCAAGGACAGUGUGAUGUUAGGAAAUGGGGAGGGGCAGCGGCAGCAAGAGGUCAGUAACCUGUAGUCCCAGGAAUUCCAGCUGACUCGUGACUUGGGAAGACUGUUAGAAGAGCCUAACCCCUAAGUGGGAAAAGACUGGAAACCAUUGAGCUAGUGUGAUUUCCUGGGGCUCCUUAGUGUCCCACAGCAGCUGGAGACCGAAGCAAAUGGCACAGAAUGACUGGCCCAGUUAUCCUCUGGUCUCAACCAGUCCAGCUCAGCAUAGACCGUUUAGCUACGCUUCAAAUGCAGUCUAGUUGAUGUUUAAACCCCAGCGUUCCUCCCUGUAACAGAAAAUCCUGUCUACCCUCACCCCAUCUGUUGACAUUUAUGUUUUUUUAAAGAUUAGCAUCUCUCCCCAUUCCUUCUGCCUUGUUCAAUGGUUGGGUUGGGACCUUGGACUGUAUUCAGCUGUCCAAUUCUCUGUGACAGAGGAAGGUAGAACCAGUCAGGCUCAGUGGGUCCACAACUCAUGGGAUUACAUAGCACCCCCAUAAAGGACAGCAAAGGAGUGUGCCUCUGACCUCUGCAGGGUACAGGAAGAGGCUCUCUAUUGGGAGGGGACCCUUCAGUUUUCUGUAGAUCAACCCCUGGGAAGAGACUUAAGAAUAAGCCUUAGAGGGAGGAGUUUGCAUAUAUUUCAAGCUGUAUCUGUCUUUUGGCUCCAGAAUUCUUAACCUCUCUAGUUACGGGCUUAGCUUUCUUGGGACAUCAGCUGUCUUUACUUCUGAAAAAGACCAAAUCUAACUGGUGUCACCAGACACAUAGGGACUGUCAAGCCAAGUAUAAGUAUGGCUUUGCCCUGUGAUUCAAUAGAAUUUUGUCAGGUAGAUAGGGGUGAAUGACGUGUGUGCGUAUGUAUGUAUGGGUGGGACACCAUCUGCAGAUUGGAAUAAACUAGACACACUCA